AUGGAGAGACUGAUGGGCCAAGGUAUCUACGGUAUCAAGAUCCCUCAACUCCUGGACGCCCUUGCAUUGGUUCUCAGCGCACCCGAAUUCAAGGCCUCAUACCCAGCAUCGUCCUCCUUCGUCAACAGCGCUCAGAUUUCCAUUGGCCAUCGCAGUCUCACGUCCUUGAGUGACCCGGCGAACAGAGUUCCAUGGAAAGAAGAUCGACGAAUGGGAUACUACUUCAGCUUGGAUAACCGCCAGAAAGCUAUUGUAAGAACUUCUUCGGAUCAAGGUGCUCUCUCUGUAUUCUUGAAAUCUGCGACUGCAGAUCCAUCAAUCUUGACUUCGUCAGAAGCCUCGAAGUUCGUUGCAAGACAGAUUGCAGUACAGUUAUUCCACUUGCUGUUGAAGCCGGUUGAAGCCGAGGAUGAGAUCGACGUGGCCAUGUCACUUCAAGAUGCUGGACUCGAUAGUCUGGUAACGGUAAAAAUGCGCGGGUGGUGGAAAGGGGCAUUCGGUUUCGAAGUCAGUGUCUUGGAAAUGCUCGGCAUGGGCAGCUUACUAGCUCUCGGAGAAAGAGCAGCAAGGGAGGUAAAAGAGCUUAUGGGGGAAACGGAGGAUGAGCGCCAGGAGCCCAGCGAGAAACAUGAUACCGAGGGAUACUUGAAGCUGAAGAUGCCUUGA